CCGAGCACAUGUUUUGCUAUUGAUUCUCACGCGAAAUCAAUUCGAUCCAAACGUGAAAUACAUCCAAAAUAUAGUUGUGAUUGUACUACGAAUACUGUAAAUUAUUUAGAGGAGUUCGGCUUAAAUGGCAGUAGUUACACAGCUGACGAGCUAAGUAGCUUGGAUAGUGGUGAUUUAAGUGCCAUUCUCAAACCGAUGCAGUCCUAUGCCGAGCUAGAAACAACGGGCAAUUUCAGCGACGAGACGUGUAAUUUUGUAAGCCGAAGAUGGCAGAUUAAAAAUAAAAUUCUGACCUGGAGACAUAACCCAACGAUGUUCUUCAAUAAAAAAAUGAACCUAGACAUUCAAUAUGUGCAAAAGAAUUUGGAAGAUGCCAACAACAUAACGCAAAAGAAGACAUAUUUUACGUUGAUUGAAGCGAAAGGCGAAAAUUCAGACAUUCAAUUUAGCUUCGUUGACUCAACAAAUAAAACUUGUAACUCAACAAUCGGUGGAAAAGAAUUGACAUAUAAUGGGGGCACAACAAUCGGUUGUGCCUAUUUGCCAGGAUAUACAGGUAAACAUGGUGGUCUUGUGGAACUUUACGGACCGAACUGGGGCGAUGAUGGGCUAAACAUAGGUGAAGCAGCUGAACAAGCGUUUCGCAUCUUACUGGAUAUUGGUUCUAAAAAUAUUGAAAAAGUGUAUAACUUCAAUAAAACGAGCAACCACGUGUAGAGCUACGUUCACAUGAUCUGCUGAGGACUAAGACUUGAUGAUCAACGCUUUGAUCAAUGAUCAUGCUUGCUGCCAUUUUAAUCCGCAAACUUAAAUCGAUUCAAUCUUAUCUUAAGA